AUGUGCGGCAUCUUAGCCAUCCUGCUCGCAGCUCAGCGGACGGCAGUAGCGCCAGAGAUCAAUGAGGGCCUGUCCCUUUUGCAACACAGAGGCCAGGAUGCCGCUGGUAUCGUGACUUGCGGACCUGGUGGAAGGUUCUACCAGUGCAAGGCUAAUGGAAUGGUCAGGGAUGUCUUUGACGCGGGUGCCCUUGCAAGGUUGCAGGGUAGCAUGGGUAUCGGUCAUGGUGAGUGUUUGUGAGAGAGGUGCAAGCUCAGCUUGGAUCGAGUCCUAACGAUCGUCAUUUGCAUUACUCCACUUCCUCCUUCUACCUCAGUCCGAUACCCCACCGCUGGCUCAUCAGCACACGCUGAAGCUCAACCAUUCUACGUCAACAGUCCAUACGGCAUCGUCUUUGCCCACAAUGGGAACCUCAUCAACACCUUUGAGCUCAAGCGAUUCUUGGAUGCCGAAGCUCACAGGCACAUCAACACAGAUUCGGAUUCAGAGAUGCUGCUCAACAUCUUUGCCAACAAUCUGCAAGCCACUGGCAAAUUUCGUAUCAACGAGGAGGACAUAUUCACCGCCAUCGGUGGUCUCAUGAAGCAGUGUCACGGCGGCUACGCUUGCGUGGCCAUGCUGGCUGGAUUCGGCAUCAUCGCUUUCAGAGAUCCCAACGGCAUUCGUCCGGUGGGCAUGUGUCGCAGGAAAUCCUCCGAAGGGGCCGAUCUCGGCGACGAUUGGUGCUUUACUUCCGAAUCUGUCGUCUCUGAUGCUUUGGGAUUUGAGGACUUUCAAGAUGUCCGACCGGGAGAAGCGGUGAUCAUUACCCGAAAUGCGGUAUCAAGGAGAGUGCUCACUCCUCAAGCCACAUCCGACAAUGGCUACACUUUUGCUCCCGACAUCUUCGAGUACGUCUACUUUGCCAGACCGGACAGCGUGCUGGAUGGUGUGAGCGUGUACAGGAGCAGGAUGGCUAUGGGGGACAGACUCGCCGAAGAAGCUCGCAGAGUGCUCGCUCAAAGGGGCGAGACUGUGGACGUGGUGAUACCCGUGCCCGAUACCAGCCGAGUAGCCGCACUGCAAGUAGCGCAAAAGCUGGGCAUCCCUUACAGAGAAGGAUUCGUCAAGAACAGAUAUGUCGGUAGGACUUUCAUCAUGCCUGGUCAAAGUCAGCGUCGCAAAAACGUCAGACGCAAGCUGAACGCUAUGGCUUUGGAGUUCAAGGGCAAGAGCGUGCUCCUGGUGGAUGACUCCAUCGUUCGGGGAACGACCAGCCGAGAAAUCAUCCAAAUGGCUCGAGAUGCAGGUGCAGUGAGAGUCGUGAUGGCCUCCUGCGCGCCCCCAAUCAGAUAUAGCCACGUGUACGGGAUCGACAUGCCCAACAGGCACGAGCUGGUGGCGCACGACCGGUCGGUGGAGCAGGUAGCCAAAGAGAUUCAAGCAGACGUGGUCAUCUAUCAGACCUUGCAGGAUCUAAUCUCUAGCGUGCAGCAAUUCAACCCCAGCUUGAGAAGCUUCGACUGUUCAGUCUUUGAUGGCAAGUACGUCACGGGAGGCGUAAACGAUGCUUACCUGGCACAUCUGGAAGGACUCCGAAGCGAGAACGCCAAGAUCAAGGCAAAGUCGACUAGAUUGCCCAAUGGUGCUGGAUCGGAGGACACGCGAGGAUCGGGAGCCAUCGAAGCUGCAGUGGCAGUAGCCACACCACCUGGUGAAGGGGCCAACGAUCCCAAAAUGGCCGUCCCAGAGCACACCGAGAUGGUGGUCAAGCAAGAUGAAGCAGAAAGGGCUCGUGCUCGCAAUGGAUCAGCGGUACACAAUGGCAUCAAAGAGAAUGUGACUAGAAAUCACAGCAAGAAGGAGUCGGAGGGAGAUGGCUAUCUGAACUGCAAUGGCCCUAUGGGUGGAGGAGAUGAGCUAGGAUCUAGCAGUCACAAUGGCUCGGAAGAUAUUGGGUGAGUCGGAGCGCAUACGAUUGUUUUCCUUAUAGCGAGCUGGUAGCGCGUCUUCAGAUUCCAGCUUUGCUGACAUGCUUCCAAAUUUGCAUCACAAUUUGUAGGCUACACAACGAUUGGAGGAGAUGA